UACUCAGAUUGGUGAACGGAAGAUGAUUAUUUUUGAAUUGAACGUUUGCAAAGGUUUCUCAUAAAUAAAGGCGGUGCUAAUUGUUCAGACCGGGAGUAGCAGGGUCCUUCCGGGGAGGCUGAGGCUGUGAGGUGUCUUCGACUUCAGCGUCCAGGAAGAAGUGGUACACCAUGGGUCACCUUGGGAUAUACCUUUUUGCAUUGGUGUUGAUCAGUGCAAGUUGGCUGCAGAUAGAUGCCCAGUCCUAUGUGUAUCAUUUCAACUGCAAUAAUCCGCAAGGUCUCUUCUACAUCAGCAACCCAGUUUGGACCUCGACAGCGUCCUGUAGUGGGGCAAAUCUUCUUUUGCCAGAUUCAGAAGCAAGUUCAACCUGCGUCCAGAAUUACAUUGCUCAUAUUAACUCUCAACUCGGGACCAUGAGUACAGUAUAUACAGAUUUGAAUGGAGCAGUGUCAUGCUACCCAAGGGUGGAUCCAUGCCCUUCCACAGGAACGGUUGUCAUGUGCCGCAAUACCCUACCUGCCGCUAGCAAUGCUACCACCAACCCACGAUGUCCAGAGGAUCUACAGAUCUCGAAUGGCAAAGUACUGUACCCGUCAGGAAACAUAUUUCCAUCACAAUCAUUCGACACAUGCAACCAAGGAUACUACAUCAGUGGCUUUAGACUUGCAGAGUGCAGCACAGCGGGCACCUGGGGGAACCGUGUGGCCACUUGUACAGGAUACAAUUGCCCUCAACCAACACUAGCUAACGGUCUAAUCACGGGUACUGCUCCACUAUAUACGGCAUCAUGCAACAGUGGAUAUCUGCUAUCUGGCAGCAUCAAUGUCACAUGCCUUACUGCAAACACAAACACACCUUUACCAACAUGUAUCGAGCAAUGCCCUGUGCUGGCUAUAAGCGAUGCAACAUACGAUACGACAACAAGAGUGGUUGGGACAACUGUUACUGUAUCUUGUGCCUCAGGGUUUGGAGUAAUGGGAUCUGCCACAGUCACUUGCAUGGCAGGUGGCAGCUGGUCAACAUUGCCGACCUGUGUCGAGGCAUGCCCGGCAUUAAAUAUCGCACAAGCAAUCUACAGUUCCACGACAAGAACAAUUGGAACAACCGUAGCAGUGUCAUGUAAUCCUGGUUAUCAGCUGCUUGGCCUGUCAACAGUUAACUGCAUGGCUGGGAGAAUUUGGACUCAGUUACCAACAUGUGAAGAUAUUGUCUGCUCCACUCUACCGACAAUAACAAAUGGCGUGGCUGCACCAAUAAGCACUGCUCGCUAUGGAGUGGCGACAGUUCAAUGUAUGGCCGGGUACACUCUUAGUGGUAGUCUGACAACAACUUGCUUACCAAACGGUUCAUGGGCACUCCCUAUUGGCACAUGCAAUGCUAUUACAUGCCCAGUACCUACAAUACCUGAUGGAAUGGCGACACCGGUUGUUGCUAGUGUGCCUCAACAGUAUACAAUAUCUUGCUCCAGUGGAUUUACACUCGUCGGAUCAAACACUGUCACAUGUCCAACUGCAAAUGCCUUUACAACAUUUCCCAUUUGCCAAGCCAAUACAUGCCCUGCCCUACCUGUGAUUACCAAUGGAUACGUCAGUGCUACUGUGGCUAGUUUUACAAUUGGAGGUACCGCAAGUGUCUUAUGUCUUCCAGGGUAUGUAGUGACAGGGACAGCCACAAUCACUUGCGGUAGUGGUGGUCAGUGGCCUAGUGGUACUUCUCUUCCUACGUGUACAUUACGAAUGUGUCCAGCACUUACCCCACCGAUAAGUGGUUCAAUAGUCAGCAGCACCAGAUUACCUUAUGGAGUGACCAUAUUUGCAUGCAAUGAUGGCUAUCAACUGACAGGAAAUAGUGCGACUGUAUGCAUGGCAAAUGGUGCUUGGUCAACCACAACGCCGACAUGUACAAGCAUCAUGUGUAGCAGUCAAGCUGCUCCUUCUAAUGGAGCUAUUGCCAGUAUGUCAUUGGAGGUUAAUGGUGUAACAAUUUUCACCUGCAAUUCCGGAUAUAAUGUAGUUGGAAGCAGUGCAUCUGUUUGUCUUCCAAAUGGAACUUGGUCGACCUCCGAGCCAACUUGCCAGCCAAUACAAUGUCCUGCCAACCCAGUGUCUCCUAUGAACGGCGCCGUGUCUGCUGUUGGUCGAAAUGCUUUCGCGAUCAGAACAUAUUCGUGCAGUACCGGAUAUCAACUUAGCGGAGCAACAACAACUGUCUGUCAAACAACUGGAGCAUGGUCGGGAACACCACCAACAUGCACUCGUGUUGUGUGUAGCGGUCAAGUUGCACCUUCUAAUGGAGCCAUUGCUAGCAUGUCUUUGGAGAUUAAUGGUGCAACUAUUUUCACCUGCAAUGCUGGAUACAAUGUAGUCGGCAGCAGUGCUUCAGUUUGUCUUCCAAAUGGAACUUGGUCGACUUCGCCACCAACUUGCCAGCUGAUACAAUGUCCUGUCAACCCAGUGUCUCCUACAAACGGCGCAGUGUCAAGUGGUGCUCGUGAUGCCUUCACGAACAGAACGUACUCGUGCAGUAUGGGAUAUCAACUUUCUGGCACAACAACAACUGUGUGUCAAACAACUGGAACGUGGUCGGGAACACCACCAACAUGCACUCGUGUUAUGUGUAGUGGUCAAGUUGCACCUUCUAAUGGAGCUAUUGCUAGCAUGUCUUUGGAGAUUAAUGGUGCAACUAUUUUCACCUGCAAUUCCGGAUACAAUGUAAUCGGCAGCAGUGCAUCCGUCUGUCUUCCAACUGGAACUUGGUCGACUUCCCCACCAACUUGCCAACUGAUACAAUGUCCUGUCAACCCAGUGUCUCCUAUAAACGGCGCCGUGUCUAGCGGUGCUCGAGAUGCCUUCACGAACAGAACAUACUCGUGCAAUACCGGAUAUCAACUUUCUGGCACAACAACAACUGUGUGUCAAACAACUGGAGCAUGGUCUGGAUCACCACCAGCCUGCACUCGUGUUAUGUGUAGUAGUCAAGUUGCACCUUCUAAUGGAGUUAUUGCUAGCAUGUCUUUGGAGAUUAAUGGUGCAACUAUUUUCACCUGCAAUUCUGGAUACAAUAUAGUCGGCAGCAGUGCAUCUGUUUGUCUUCCAACUGGAACUUGGUCGACUUCGCCACCAACUUGCAAGCGGAUACAAUGUCCUGACAACCCAGUGUCUCCUACAAACGGCGCAGUGUCUGCUGGUGGGCGAAAUGCUUUCGCGAUCAGAACAUACUCGUGCAGUACCGGAUAUCAACUUUCAGGAGCAACAACAACUGUGUGUCAAACAACUGAAGCAUGGUCGGGAACACCACCAACAUGCACUCGUGUGCUGUGUAGCAGUCAAGUUGCUCCUCUGAAUGGAGCUAUUGCCAGUAUGUCUAUGGAGAUAAAUGGUGCAACUAUUUUUACAUGCAAUUCGGGGUACAAUUUAGCUGGCAGCAGCGCGUCUGUGUGUCUUCCAAGUGGAAAUUGGUCAACUUCACCGCCAACUUGCCAGGGUAUACAAUGUCCAAUGACUGUUCCGACACCUGCUAACGGAGCCAUCGUCACUGGAACUAAUGACGUGUUCAUAUCCAGACAAUACACCUGCAAUUCUGGUUAUCAGCUGCAAGGCAGUUCAAAUACAAUUUGUCUCUCAACUGGUGACUGGUCGACGCCAACGCCUACAUGUAAACGAGUGGAGUGCCCUAUCCUUAAUGCACCCACGAAUGGAGUCAUAUCACCUGGUGAUAGUGAGGUUUUUACAUUGCGAAGAUUCACUUGUAACACUGGGUUCAAUCUCGUCGGCAAUUCAGCAUCUGUGUGUUUAUCAGGUGGAACUUGGUCUAAUGUCACACCUCAAUGUGUUGGAAUACAAUGCUCAGGACCUUUAGCAAAUCCCACCAACGGGCGUGUCAACACAUCUACUAUCUCGGUAUUUAGUGUAUCGACAUAUUCUUGCAACUCAGGGUAUGAAUUGGUUGGCGAAACAAAUUCCAUCUGCCUUUCCACGGGCCAAUGGUCUGGACCGGCACCAACUUGUAGCAGCAUAAACUGCAAUUCUCUUCCGUCCAUUUUGAACGGCAAUGUCCAACCUGGUCGAGCACCACUUAUUCGAGGCAGCACUGCUUUUGUCAGCUGUAAUGAAGGAUUUGCGCUCUCGGGGAUGAGCACUAUAACUUGCCAAUCAGAUCUCACUUGGUCCACAGCACCAACAUGUUCACAAAUAAGAUGCUUGGCCCCUCUCAUUCCUCCAAUGAAUGGCAAUAUAUCAAAUGGAGAUAAUGUGUUCUUCAGCAUACGAGAGUACUCAUGCAGCCCAGGCUAUGAACUUCAAGGUGCCAAAUCUACCGCAUGUCAAACUAAUGGAGACUGGUCAGUGUCACCUCCAACAUGCAAUGAGAUAACUUGUAACAGUAUUCCAGCUACUCCAAACAAUGGCUUCCUCACAACCGGAGUUACAACACUUGGGUCAAUACUUGUGUUCGGCUGUGACGCUGGAUUUGAACUCGCUGGAACUAAUGGAGUCACCGUGUGUCAAGCAGACAAAACCUGGUCAUUGACUAGUGUGACUUGUGCACGUCGAGCAUGUCCUAGCCCACCCAACAUCACAAAUGCUGUUGUAAUGGCGAACCCAACAAAAUCCUAUGUAUAUGGUGACAGUGUGUUUGUGCAAUGUAACACUGGACAUAGUGGUAGUGGCAACAUCAACUGUACAUCAGCUGGAACAUGGACAGAGCUAAGCUGCUCUGCAAGCAAUUGUGGCUCAUUGGGAGACCCAGUAAAUGGAAUGGUGUUUAUGAGUGGCGAUACCUUUGACUCCACUGCUUCAUACACAUGCUCUGCUGGGUACAACCUCAACGGAUUUUCUUCUGCUACAUGUACUCACAGUGGAAUGUGGUCACCUCCAGCUCCCCGUUGUGAUCGAGUCAACUGCGGCCCAUUGUCAAACCCAACAAAUGGUCGUGUUGUAGCGGCAAGAACUGAUUUCGAAUCAACAGCAACCUACACAUGCAGCGUUGGCUUUGUUCUUUCUGGUCAAUCAGCGACAAACUGUCUUCUCAAUGGUUCAUGGUCGUCGCCACCACCCACCUGCCAACCUCGACCAUGCCCUAGCCCACCAACCAUCGACAAUGGAGUGGUGAUGUCCGCCUCAUCAGCAUCCUAUGCGUACGGUGACAGUGUGUUUGUCCAAUGUAGCAUGGGACAUAGUGGUAAUGGAAACAUCACUUGCCUGGCAGAUGGCGGUUGGAGCAUGUUGAACUGUUCAGCAAGCGUGUGUGGUUCAGUGUCCAAACCUACUAAUGGAGGUGUGUUCACGACUGGAACCACUUACGGAGCAACGGCUUCUUUCUCGUGCGACGUUGGUUACAAUCUCAAAGGUAGUUCUUCUAUAAAUUGCCCUGAGAAUGGAACAUGGUCAGCCACACCGAGCUGUGACCGGGUCACAUGUGCUGUACUGAUGAAUCCCAUGUAUGGCACUGUAAGAGCAGCAGCCAAUGAUUAUCUCGCAAAGGCUAAUUACAGUUGCAAUACUGGCUACGUCUUGUCGGGUGACUCCGUACCUACAUGCCUUCUGACUGGAGAAUGGUCCUCACAGCCACCCACCUGCCAACCUCGACCAUGCCCUGGCCCACCGAACACCAACAAUGGAGUGGUCAUGUCUGACCCUUCAGCAUCCUAUGCAUACGGUGACAGUGUAUAUGUACAGUGCAACACUGGACAUAGUGGUAGUGAUAACAUCACAUGCACUGCUGAUGGAACCUGGAGCACGUUGACAUGUUCUGCAAGCGAUUGUGGAGCGAUCCAGGCACCUGCAAAUGGAAUGUUCUUUACGAACGGAACUACUUAUGGCUCUAUGGCUUCAUUCACAUGCAACAUUGGUUACAACCUUACUGGCUCUUCAUCAAUAACUUGUUAUGAGAGUGGCGUAUGGUCGGCUUCCUUCCCAAGCUGUGACCGAGUCGUGUGCAGCGCACUGAUGAACCCCACGCUUGGCACCGUAAGAGUUCCAGCUAAUGAGUAUCUAUCCAAGGCAACCUACAGUUGCAAUGAUGGAUAUGUGUUGUCUGGUGAUGCUGUGACUACUUGCCUACUGACUGGACUAUGGUCUACAUCACCACCCACAUGCCAACGUAUACCAACAUGUGCUGUCCUUACAAUCGCCAAUGGGGAAUUCAGUGAACAGCAGACGCAGAGAUUGAACGCGGUUGCGAAUGUGACAUGCAACGAAGGAUACGAGAUCAACGGCAGUAGAUCUGUUGUGUGCUUGGAAAGCGGAAAAUGGUCUGACACUCCACACUGCAUGGAGAUACCGACAUGUGCAGUGCUCCAAAUCGCCAAUGGUGCAUUCAGUGAAGCGCAGACACAGAGAGUGAACAGUGCUGCUGAAGUGACGUGUAACACCGGAUACCAGAUCAACGGUAGUAGAUCUGUUGUGUGUUUGGAAAGUGGAGUAUGGUCCGACAAUCCACACUGCAUGGCCAAUCCCACAACUGCUCCAGUCACGGAGGCGGCCUGGCUCGAACAAUCUAACAGUCUAAUCGUCAUCAUUGUGGUUGGCGUGCUUGGCAUCCUGCUCCUAUUCUUCAUCAUCGCCUUCAUCAUCGUGCGACGAGGAGCGUCUGGUCACAAGGGCGAAAUCACGUUCAACAACCACCAGGCUGAGGAAAGCUAUCAAAUGGACGUGCAGAAUAGCACCACCACCUCCACGUUCACGCAGAAAACCGAUUCAGCCGCAGACAUGUACGCCGUACCGGAGAAAGCGCCAAAAAAGCCCGCCCCGCAGGUUUCUGACGAGGGCAUCACGUAUGCAGCAGUGGAGUUUUCGGCCGACCGGAAGCCCACUAUCUCGGUUUCACCCAAAGUCGACGACAACACCACCUACAGUGAUGUCACAUUCCUGCGAAAAACGGCCACGUAACUCAAUCUUUUGCCAUGUUUUACCACUAUUUUUUUCAUUUCCAAACCCAUUGCUAUGGAUGCGGUAUGCCAAGCUUGCCUUGCGAACUGCUUUAUUUUGCUAUGUCGUCACAAGAUAGGAUUUAAACAUGGUAAUUUUAACUAUCAAUAAUAUGCGUAGGCCAUACACCUAGUGGUACAUUUGUUUCAAUUACAGAGACAAUCUUUUUUGGUUUAGAUCUCUUUGAUGCUAGAUAUUCGCUUGCCAUAGCUUUUUCCUUGUAGAUACCCCCAUUUUCAUGUGUCUUCAGCAUGAGCUCAAUUAUCUUUACAUCAAUGCAAUUAUGCUGAUUACCGGUAUGUGCAAUGCCACAUUUGGAGGAGUAAUUCAGGCCUGGCCCGAUUUAGUGGUGGCCUACACAUAUGGA